CUGGCAAAGCAGCUAGGCGACGACUUCAAGAUCAGGCCGGACUCGACCCGCGUCCAGAUCAUCGCCAGCGGAAGCCUCGACGAGUACGAGAUCGACGCGCUGUUGUCGUCGGGCGCUCCUCUCGACGGCUUCGGAGUCGGCACCGCCAUGGGCGUCUCCGCCGACGCGCCGUACCUCGAUAUCGUCUACAAGCUCACGUCCUACGCGGGCGACGGACGGGUCAAGCUGUCAGCCAACAAACCCGUCCUCCCCGGUCGCAAGCAGGUCUCCGCUCGAUCCGACGGAGACCGUGACACGGCGACACCAUAG